UAUCAUUUUAAAGGUGUGGUAUGAACAAGUGGAUACUAUAAAAUAUGCCUUCUGUAGAUAUUGUCAUUCUAACUUCACAUUGAAUAAAGAUGAAGUUUCUCGUCUUGGCCUGCAUUGUACUUGCUCUUGGUGCUGUUGACAGCAAAAAGGAUGGAUGUUCAGGCGCUAAGAAAUGCAAAAAAGCACGUCUCUGUGACCAGCUUGGUUGUGACAGUGACUUGGAAAACUGUGAGAUGUUCACAGUAGGAGCAAAGACCUUUGCAAAAUGCGUGCCAAAGAAUUACUCAGCAACCUGUGAAGAACUGCAAUGUGAAGCAAGCAACAGCACCUGCAAGGUGUAUUCCAAUGAGAACAUCGAGUUUACUUUCUGUCAGCCUCAGAAAAUUACUAUGAAGGACACGAAAGAGAAACCCAGCAAGCUUAGGCCUGACAGCAAUCAGAAUGUGACAAAAGACAAGAACGAUGAUGAACUAGAGGAGUCAAGCCAUCGCAAUCGUACAAAGGCAGAGAAACCAGAGGAGAAAAGCAAACUCGGUCAGUCAGGCUCUCGCAAUAGUAUCCGACCUGUGUCACCUAAGCCCACUGAACUGACACCUCAGCGACCUUCCAGACCCACUGCAGCUAGACCACAGAGACCUGCUAAACCAACUGGAACAACACCACAGCAACCAAAAAAGCCGGCUGAGUCUACACCACAGCAGCCUGAAACGUCAGAAAGUCCCAACCCUGAAAGCGAUGACGGAAAAAAAGAUUCUGAUCGAUCUGGGAGACCAAAUCGACCAAAUCGACCAAAUCGACCAAAACGAGCUUUUCCCGGUCGCAAUAAACUUGGCAAUAUGAGACACGAGCAACCAGAUAAGUCAAAACAGAUUAAUCGCCAACACAACAACACCAGCAACUGCAGUCGCACGAAAGGAGAGGGUCUUAGGCCUUGCAGCAACUACAUAAAAAAUGGCACAAAACCUGAUAAGCUUGAAAAAGACAACUCUCGUAAUGGCACACAUAACAGUACAGAAUCUCACAAGACCAAGCGACCUGGAAAACAUGAUAAGCCAGAGCAACAUAACAAGCCAAUGAAAAAUGCUCAGACAAAUACAGCUAAGCCAACGGGAGCACCACUACAACGACCUACGAAGCCAAACUCUGCUAGACCACAGCGACCCAGGCCGACAAAACCAUUGAGUGUUACAGAACGUCCCAUGCAGCAGAAAGUUCCUGGGCGUGGUGGUAAACCUAAGCCUUGAACCAGCUAUAGAACAUAGAAGUGACUUUUCUAUAUAGCGAGUGUAUCUAAUUAUAAUUAUACAUACCUAAUUUGCUUUGAUACACUGUUAACAAAUAAUUAUAUGGCUUGUAAUAAUUGUGUUGAUGUGAUACACGUAUAAUUUGAAUCUUGA